GCGCACUUCUCUCAGGUUGUUCAGCGACACUAGACGUGUUUAUUGCGUUUUGUUGGAUUUUAUUCAUGACAUACUGUGAUAUAUUUAUUCGAUAUUUGAAGAAAUAUUUAUUCGAUAUUUUAUAAAUUGUAAGACUUCAAGAAACACCUCACGAUGCCGCAAAAGAAGAGGCCCAUCAGAUGCCAUUUUGGGGUAGUUGGAUAUUGUAAGACAUGUUUGGAACAUGGUCAGAAAGUAAAGAAGGAUGGUGCUACAGACAAAUGCCAUGCAGGCCAUAGCUGGAGAGAAAAUAUGGUUAUGUACCGCGGAAAUGAUAUCAUUCGGGGAUUGCCAGAGAAUCGUGAACUUGUGAAAAGUGAACAACUAUGUGAACACACGAUAAAAGAUGGUCGAUGCAUCUAUGUUUGCCCACAUGCCACAAGUCAGAUGGAGAGCGAGAUAUGGAAGUGGAUGGUCGAGAACAAAGUUACUACCCCAGAGGCCCUAAUUGCAGCCUGCACCAGGCCACCAGAGAGAGCAGGCAGUUUAUCACCAGCAGAAGGGCAGGGAAGGCUGUCAAAAACAUUUUAUUCAACAGACAAUCUGAAUACAUUGGAAGAUAACAGCGCGGAUGUGUGGAAGACAGUUCAAAGGAAGAGACACACCAACCACAGGCCGGUGAUUAAAAACAAAAACCGCUUUGAUGCGCUGUCCCAGAACCCAGGUUCUGCCCAACCCUUGAUGAAGAAGACUCCACAAAUUACCAAUUACCAAAUUAUCAAAAGAAGAAUGUUGGCAAAUCUUCCAGGAUUUACACGACGAGGGUUUACCCCUGGUCAUGAUCAUAAUGCUAUCCAAGGCACCAACCACUGGCAACCCUUUCCGAAUGGAGCACCGAAUUCGAAGUCUGCUAACGUUGUGAGUGGUACGACCCGACCGAAGGAUACAUCCAGCAGCAAAUCGACGAAGGUCCGCCUUGAACGAACGUGUACACAAUCUCAGCUACCCAACAGAACCCGACGGUCUUCAGUGCAGUCCCAUCCCGAUGAUACUCCAAUGGCGGAAAAUACCUUCCCACUUGGAAGUACUCAUUCCUGGAAGAUUGCUUGUUUCAAGUGUUUGCAAGAGACAUCGAAACAUUCCUACUAUAAUUACAUUCCUAGUGAACAUUCCUGUGAUGAAGAUACUUUGGCCGUUCGAGAAAAUAAUUCAAGUCUCUGGCAGUAUGUAAGAGUCAGGUUGGGACAGAAUAGGUUAUUCCAUGGUCACUACCAACUCUGUCGAAACUUCACGAAAGGAAGACCGUGUUGUCUGUCUGAGAGGCUAUGUUCUUUUGCGCAUCAUCUAUGCGAACAGCAGCUUUGGAACAUGGAGAAGAACGGUCAAUUCAACAUCAACGAAUUCAUCAAGACGAACCGAAGCCCUGAAAAGCAGGCAGGGUACAGUUUGGAACUCCUGAAGCAACAUGGUGGAGCAAUGAUCUUUCUAUGUAAGAAAUGCUUCUUCUGCCCGCCAGCUCGGGUGAGUUAUCAGGCAGAUGAUGUCUGCCAGCAAGGACAUUCGUGGGCUGAGAACAAGAUGAUGAUGCACAUCAAAGAUGGUGCCAUUACACCCAUCAAAUACCGUCCCUUCAAACACAAGAAUGCUUAUUUCAACUUGUGCUACAACCUGAACUUCUGUCAAAAAGAUAUCUGCAAGAACGCCCACAGCUCGGUUGAAAGGGCCGUCUGGAUUGUAGAAAAUGAUAUGCAGCUGACUAGAGACCAGAUCUGUGAAGAAAUGCAGAACGAAUCGGACAGAACAGAUGACGAGGUACAAUUGGUUACACAUGUGCCUUUUGACGACAGCAGGCCCACCAGGCCAGCAUUUGGCGCCGCCAAAAAGCAGUCAAGGAAGAAACAAUCUUCAGUGCAGGCAGCAGAAACACCAUUGCAGGAACACGCUCCACAGCUUGUUGAUUGCCCGUACCGAGUCUGGUAUGUGUGUAACACCUGCAGGAAAAGCGGGCAAAAGGUGCCCAAGGGCCGCAACCCACAAUUCUGUGCUGGUCGAAAUAGGCACAAUUGGAAGGUCAACAGAGUCGCCGUGACUGGACAACAUAUUGAAACCAUCCGUGAAUUGCCUGGUCAACUUCCAAGGAAGUUUGCCGUGUGCAUAUAUGGGAGGAGUUGCUUCAGGUACCCCAAGUGUCCCUUCGCUCACAGCGAGAUCGAGAGAGAGAUUUGGACAUGGCAAGUUGCUAAGAGAGUACGGACACUUGACGCGCUGGUAGAGAUCAGUGAAAAGGCAUACUCUACCCAAGCAAAUCGACAGCAGCCCAAGCAGUCAGUGGCGGGACCAUUGCCAUCUGCGCAUAACCAACAUGCUCCUCUCUCCAACAUCAACCCUUACUACUGCAAAUACUGUGCUACGACAUGCAAUGGGCAGCGCCAGUGGGACGACCACUGUACGUCACCAGAGCAUGUUGCCAACGUUAACUCGGACAAGGAUCAUCAGUGGAAUUACCGUCAGCCACCUUGGAACGUCCAUGGCAAUUACCGUUUGUGCAGGUGCACCCAUGGUGAAUUCUGUACAUACCGGAACAGCGAGGACAUGCAUAACGCAUGUACUUAUGCCCACAGCCAGGAUGAGUUGGACGAGUGGAAUGAACGUCUCAAAUGGCGCAGAAUGAAGAGCGAAAUGGCGAAAACGGAGGGGGCAUUCUCUUACAUGGAUAACCUGUUGGAAGAAUAUGAGCAGGCCGAAAAAGGCCUAUCAGUGUUGGCUGAGUCCAUUGGUGAUGUCAGUGUCAACCACGCGCCCUUGGCAAAAUAUACUGACAGUAAAACCGAAACCUUCACAUGGACAUUUCAAGUUGUCGCCAAGAAUGGCAAGGCGUUGAAUAGAGUUGCCCUUCUGAACAACAAGGACCGCCUCCACUUCGAACUUGCUGCCGAAAAUGUCAGGUGUCAGAUCAGACGAGGCGAAGACUUGGAGGUUGAGAGCCACAAAGAGGGCUGCAGAAAAUAUGAAAUCAAGGUGCAUUUUAGGUCGGACAUGUUCGGCUCCUUCCAUCAGAAAGUUGUGUUUGAUUUCGGCAGUCAACCCGUCCUCUACAAAGACAUCAUUGUGGAUGUCGGUAACAAAGGCAGCCACGACAAGGUUCAGGAUUUGAGGGAACAGCUGAAAUUUGACAGAUGGACAAACGAUAACAGAGAGAUCGUCCGGAUCGAAGAGCCAGCAAAUCCAUUCCAUGAGCAACUUCUGAGGAAGUAUAAGGUUAAAGAUGUUCAAGACAUUAUAACCCAGACAGCCAUAUCCACCGAGCUUAAGAGCACAAAUUACGUCCAUAAGAUGCACGAGUUGCUAUAUCUGGAGGAGAUGACUCAACAAAAAAUCGUUUCAAGCUUCAACGUUUGUACCACAGUUGAUCUCCUCGAGAUGAUUAGAGAGGAAACCACCAUUGUAAGAGCUUAUCCAGGGGAACUGUUUGCACACAUCAAGCUCGACGAUGAACUUACAAACGAUACUGACGCAGGCGGUCUUAUAUUGGCAAGUGUCCGAACGGUUUUGAUAUCAACUGAUGACUCGUCAAAGAAAGUGUACGAAGUCAAAUUCGUAGAGAAAGAAGUGUAUGACUUUGACGGAAGAGGCCGAGACCACAUUUACCUAAGACUACAUCAAGCCUGUUGCACCAGCCUCAAACUCUCACCAGAGACAAAGAUCACAUUGGCCAUACAGUUCCAAAUGGACAGAAAACCAUUUGCCCGCAUGCAUUAUGCUUUGGAUCAGCUCCAGAACACGGAUCUGUUGUUUCCUGACCUUGCUAAGAUAUCUAAAGGAUUGCAGGAGAAGGAGAUACUCGAACUGAGCUCUUCAAAAUUGAAUGCAACACAGAUGAAAAUAGUUAGUCAUAUAGUGAAGGAACGACAUGGCUACACACCUCCAAUGAUUGUCUAUGGACCUUUUGGUACUGGCAAGACUGAAACGUUGGCACAGGCUACCAGGACGUUGGUAGAGAAUGUACCGCUUGCCAGGAUUCUCAUAUGUACCAUGUCCAAUAGUGCUGCUGAUGUGUACUUGGAAAAGUACCUGGGGGAUCUGCCCUCAAGCAUUGGUAUUGGCAUGAAGCGGGUUGUAACAACAGAGAAGAAACCAAGUAACACCUCGCAAAAGGUCCUCGAGCAUUGCUUCCUAUCCGAGGACCGCACACGGUUUGUAAAACCCGAACGAAGUGACCUUGAAGGUCAGAAGAUCAUCAUUACAACAUUUACCAACUCGCUCUCCCUCUUCCGCCUCGGACUUCGAGGCUCUUUCACCCACAUCUUCAUUGAUGAGGCAGGACAAGCUUUGGAAUGUGAAGCCAUGAUGCCAAUGCUCCUUGCUGGAACCAACACUUGUGUAGUGCUAGCUGGGGAUCACAUCCAAAUCCGUCCGAAGGUCUAUAGCAAGGAGGCAGAGCGCCAGGGGUUCCAUGAAUCCUUGUUGGAGAGGCUUUUCUACUUCUAUCAAAGGUACACACAUUUGACUCCAGUGUUGACGACGCCUCUGCAUACACUUCUGCAUAUCAAUUAUCGUUCCAACCACGAGAUUGUUCAGUACCUUGCCAAGGCUUUCUACAACGAAAAACUGGUCUGUGAAAGCAUGUUGCCAAGCUGUGAUAAUGUUCAGUCGAUGAUGUUCAUGACAGUAAAGGGAGAGGAAGUUCAAGACCAAGAUGGGAGGUCUUAUUACAAUGUUAGCGAAGCCAGCGAAGUGAGUGAUGCUGUCAAACAGCUGCUGGACUGCUGGCCACAAGAGUGGGGAGAACGGAGACCUAGGACUAUUGCAGUCGUCACGCCAUACCAAGACCAGGUGAAACUUAUAAGGGACAACCUGAGAAAGAAGCGUCUGAAGGAUGUGACUGUCGAGAGAGUUCAUAACGUCCAAGGAAGGGAAUUCCGAGCCAUUUUUAUCUCAACUGUCCGAACCUUCCACAUUUGUGACGCAUUACCUGAUGAAUCGUCCAACGCCAGCGACUACGGGUUUCUGACGGACAAAAAACUCCUCAACACGGCCAUGACGCGAGCUCAGUCCUUGGUUGCUGUCGUUGGUGAUCCAAUUGCCCUCUGCGCCAUUGGAGUUUGCUUGAGCGUGUGGAGGACAUUUAUAGAACAUUGUGACCAUCUUGGCAGUAUUCAUCCAGCUAAUGUUAACCUGGGAGUCAUCAAGACAGCUGUCACCCAGUUCAUUUCUCAUCCAAUAACCGGUAGACGAACUGAGAUCAUCAAUGAGCAACUAAAAAAGAAGAGGGAACCGGCAAUGACACACCGUCCAACCCAUGGCAGCAUGGCUAGAACUGAGGAUGCCGGUGUGAGGGACAACACGGUCGAAACAGAUGAAAUCCUGAAGCAAUUGGCAUUGGAAGUUGUACGGAACCAAAGGCAAGUUUCCCAACAGGGUGCCCAUAGUCGGCAACUUGGAGUUGAGGAAAUUCGAGUUGAGUGCAUCAGAGUGAAAGAGACACAUAAUAGCGCAAUCCUGACUUACAGCCCCAAGAAGCCAAAACGGAGACUCUUGGGAGAAGCCGAUGCCGGCAGAGACUACGACUCUGAUGAAGAUGGUCUUGACGAUGUGCAGUUGCCAAAUUAUGCAAACCUUAGGGCUCUUCUUCUCAAAGACAAGAAGAAGUACAGAGAAUGCAUUUUCCACUUUGACAGGAGGAGCAUGUACGCGGAUAUCAUAGAUCGAAAGGACACUGAUGGGAGAGGAAGGAUCGUGAUGAGUUCCCGGCUGCGAUGUGGACAGGCCUUUGACAACGACACUGUGGUUGUGGAAAUCUUGGAAGCCCCCAAGGAAGAUGUUUUAGUCAAUCCGGCCCAGAAGAGAGAACUACUUGGGCAGGUUGUUGGCGUUCUGAAACGAGCCAUAGAUCCCAAAUACAAGAUCUUCGUAUGCACGGUUGAUCCUAAUAACACUGGAAUCAUGGCCCCAAUCAACCGAGGCAUUCCGCGGAUUUCUAACCUUUCAACUGAGGUCAAUUGUCACAGGAAAGGUCAUGUCACUGUUCACAAAUUCACAAACGAUCAUGAUAUCGUCUUCGACCAUUACGAGGCUAUUGAUGAGUUCAAGCCCAAAAGCAAGUUAUUCAUGGUCAGAUACUUGAAGUGGGACCCAGGGUUUUUCUCACCACUUGGAAUCGUUGUUGACAUCCUUGAAGAAGGAACUACGAUUGAAAAGGGUCUGAAGAUCGUUAACGCUGAACAUCAAGUGCAUCAUUCCUAUAACAACAAUGCAUUAUCCGAAGUGGACCAGAAAUAUCCUGAUGGGUACCAGUAUCCGGCAGAUAUCAUCAAGAGAAGAACUGAUUUGCGAGACCUCAUGGUCUUUGCCAUUGAUCCAGAAGGUUGCCAAGAUGUGGACGAUUGUCUGUCUUUGGAGGCUCAGGAUGAAGCAGAUUCUGAUACGAAGAUCUUCGUUGUCGGGAUACACAUUGCAGAUGUAAGUCACUUCAUUGAGCGUGGUAGUGCACUUGAUGAGGAAGCCAAAAAGAGGGGGACCUCUCUGUAUCCACCCGGUUCAGCUCCAGUUCAUAUGCUACCCGAAGCACUUAGCACGGAUAUUCUCAGUCUUCAUGAGAGCAAAGAGAAGCUUACACUCAGCAUGUUCAUCACCGUUGAUGGGAAUGGCAAUGUCCUCAAAGUGGAGCCAAAACGCUGCAUCGUAAAGUCCAAGUGUCAGCUCUCGUACCAAGAAGCAGAGAUGAUCCUCCAUCAAGACUCCACCAGCUAUUCCAAAGAGCUGAAACAGCGUGUCUGGGGCCUGUAUCACAUUGCACAACAAUGGCGACGACAGAGACAGGGAACCGCCGCCCUGUACCUUCCGCUUGAUGAGGAGGAUGAGGACAGCCCAUAUGCACACCUCCUCGUGUCUGAAAUGAUGCUAAUGGCCAACCAAAAGGUGGCAUCAUAUCUCUUUGAAAAGUACCCCAAUUGCACUCCUCUUCGGCGACAGCUGUCUCCAAAUGAGCUUGAACUGGACGAAUGGCGAGAGAAGCAUGCUGUGGCAGCCCUGAACUCAUUGGUACUGCGGAGGCCGUUCAUUCCAAGUGGAUGGACUUGCGAAUGUGUGGAGCAAUGCGAUUGUGUUAGUAAGAGCAUGGAAAGCAGCUCUCUGGAUGGGAAGUUCUUCGACAUCAAGACCGAAGUCUGGCAGAAGUUGAUGCAGUUUAUGAAUGAGGGUGAUGUGGAGGCUGUGCGAAACCUCAUCCUAAAGCCCGAAAACCACCCGCAACUCUGGCUUGCUCAGUCGCAAUACCGGAAGAUAUUGAACAUGGCAGAUUAUGUAUGUUCUGAUAAGGACCAUGAAGAUAUCAACUGGCACUACUCGGAAAACCUGCCGAAGUACACUCAUUUCACAUCGCCGAUCAGACGAUACCUUGACAUUGUCGUCCACAGACUGCUUGUGGCAGCCAUGCAGGGAAGUCCAUGUCCGUAUGGUCAAGAAGAAAUCACGGAGAUCUGUAACCUGAUGACUGCCGCUGCACGUAGAGGCAACAGUUAUGAACGAACUCUCCUUGGUCUACAUAUGGGAUCCGCUCUACAAACACAGCCGGUGCUGGCACACCCAGUGGUAGAUGAGGUAGACGACCACAGUGUCCACUUCUCUUUCCUCAACAAAAAGAAACUUCACGGUAUCCAGAGCUUGGUGAAACUCUCAGAGCUUGGCAUCGCGGGAAGGCCGGACUUUGAUGACGCAGAAUCGAGAGUGCUCGCAAGAUGGCAACAGAGGAUUUAUAACUUGGGGAAGGAGAUCGAGCCUCGCGAUCCAAAGAAGUCAAAACCAGGACAAGUUGACGAGCUCGUCAGAUUGAAUCCGAACAGAUUUGUCCUCCAAGUUCCUGCGAAAAAUUGGCAGAAGAUUCUUCAAGCUGUCCAGGCUGACAAUCUUGGAGAACUGGCCAAGAAUGUGGGGGAAACAAAAGUCAGAGAUCUUACCAAGGACACAAGGUUUGUCAAAGAAGUGACAUCCGAGAUGAAAAAUGAGGACAAGAUCAUGCAACAUCAUUGCCACUUCGAGCAGACGAUUGAACCCGGUCACGUUAAGCAGGUCCAGCUUGCAAAGGGAAUGUCCAAUGGAUUGAUGGUACCAAGAAUACAACUAAUCAACCUCUCUCCAAACUUCAACAUUUGCAUCGAACAUUUGGUUGAGACGCAGAACUGCUUUGCAAGGCUUGCGGUAAGGAAAGCAUCUUGCAAAGACUACAAAAGCAUCGAAGCUUACCAGAAAGCGUGGUUGUCAGUACUUGCAAUGGAGUCUGCAACAGGAGCAAUCCGGAACGAUGAGAAUUAUCAGAUUCGUAAUGUCAGCAUCCAAUGGACAGCACACAGUGCUCGACCUAAAGCAGGUGAAGAAGCCGAAAGCGAGGACUCGGACGAUGACAAUACGUCCCAGGAUGACAGUGCUGGAGAAAACACCUUUGGAAACAAGAAACUCUUCAAAGGAGUUUUUGACCUGAGCGUUCAGUUCUGUCAAGCCAGGCAUAUCAAGUUAUCUACAGCGGGAGAACCGGAAGUAGCAGCUACCGAUGUGUCGUUUGAUUACAUGUGUAUAAGGUAUCCAGGAAUAGCGCCGGACACUGACAGAGACCAAAACUGUGUUGUAAAAGCUUUCAGCGCACAGACAGUAACUUGGGUAGGGCACUGCCUUAUGACCAAGGUCAAAAGGAUCAAAGCCAAAAAAGUCCCUGGACAGAAAAAGGGAGAUGACUUAUUCCGAGUGACAUUGAAGCUGCAUCAGAGCAGUAUGCCAUUCCCAAGCCAACUGUUGCAUGACCAUGCAAAGCCAUGCACGGUGGAAUUCAUACCAAAGGCACUUCCUAACAGGCGAAUGGAAGCGGCCAUUAGAACACUUACCGAGAGUGCAAAUAGCUUAGCUCGCCAGAUUGCCCUCAAGAAAAAUCAAGGAGAGUUUGCUUAUGCUUCGUCAAAUGCAGUGGCAGACGCCUGCAAAGUCACAGAUAUCCCAGGACUGCCGUCCCCAAACACGGGACAAAGAAACGCGAUACGUGCAGCACUUACCAAGAAAUUCACCCUCAUUCAAGGGCCUCCGGGGACAGGCAAGACUGCUACCGGUGCCGUGAUUGCCUACUUAUUCAGCCUCGUGAAUCGGAAACUUGGUGAUAUGAGCGGAGCGGAGAAGAAAGCGACAAAGGCACAAGUUCUCUAUUGCGGACCUUCAAACAAGUCAGUGGACGUUGUUGCAGGAUACUUGAAACGGCUAAAAGGCCAGUGUCCGGGAAUUGUACGAGUCUACAGUGAACUUAUUGAGCACAAGGACUUCCCCCUUCCUGGCGAACCAAUACCUCCAAAAAGAAGGGCGGAUGCCUAUGAAAAUUCAGUAACCAAAGACCACAGAGACAUCGCCCUACACUUCAUGAUCCGUCAAAACAACACAGAUUCGGCCAAGGAGAUUUUGGCGCAUGAUAAACGCUUCAGGGAGAGGCCAACUGAAGUUACUGAGGAAGAGGUAGAAAAAUACCAGAAGUUGGUGACCAGUUGUGAAAUAGAAGUCCUGAAAAACGCAGCCAUCAUUCUCUGCACGUGCACCGCAAGCGCAUCGAACAAGAUAAAAGCUACUAGAGACAUUAAAGAUGGUCUUGAACCACCAUGCAAUGUCAACCAGGUGAUAAUCGACGAAUGCGGAAUGUGCCAGGAGCCAGAAAGCAUGGUACCAAUCGUAGCCGCACGUCCGACACAGGUGGUCCUGAUUGGUGAUCAUAAACAACUCCGCCCAAUCAUCCUCAACGACACUGCUAAAAUCCUUGGACUUGAUAAGUCUCUGUUCGAGAGGCAUUCCGAGGAGUCCAUCAUGUUGACGGUGCAGUAUAGAAUGCAUACUGCCAUUUCCGAGUUCCCCUCAAACCACUUCUACGAGGGGAAACUGAGCCCAGCUCUUCCUUUUCAGUACGAGCCUUCUAAACUGAUGCACAUGUGGCCAGGUGCUACUGGUGCAAACGAACCUAUCGCGUUCUGGCACAUAAUGGGCCCGGAGGAGGUGCUCACGGUCUCCUCGGCUGAAGGGAAUGAACAAUCUAGGAAGAAUCAGGCAGAGGCUGAUCAAGCAGUUAAAUUUGCCGCCUUGCUGAAAGAUAAACACGGAGUUUUCCAGAAGCAAAUAGUUAUCCUCAGCCAGUACCGGGCCCAGUGUGCAGAAAUUGAAAAGCUCCUGAAACAUCGGCAGUUAACUGCAAUAACAGUCAGUACAGUGGUUGCAAGCCAAGGUUCUGAAUGGGACUAUGUGAUACUGUCCACAGUGAGGUCACUUCCGCGUUCAGAGAUUGAGAAAAAACCCACCACAGGCUGGAUGCGACGGAAGCUUGGAUUCAUCACUGAUCAGAACCAGAUUAAUGUGGCCCUAACUAGGGCGCGAAGGGGCCUGAUUAUCAUAGGUAACAAACACCUACUGAGGUGUGACAAGAUGUGGAACGAGCUGCUAAAGGAAUAUGAGAAGAAGGGAAAGAUAAUUGAGACAAUUCCUUCCAAAAGGCAGGCAUGGCAGAAAAGAUAGAUUGAGAGCAACGAAGUGGCGGGUUCGGGCGCUCACCAUGCAGUCAUCUCCUUUAAAGUUUCAUGUGUGACAUGGGAUGAGAGGAGCGCCCAUCAGUGUUAUCAGGGGCGUAGUUAGCUUUUUGCACCGGGGGGGGGGGGGGGGGUUUUCUGGUGGGGCGAAAUGUUACUUUUUGAAAAUCAUUCCGGUCAAAAACACGUUUUUACUAACUUCUCGGGGGCAAUUUCCUCCCUGCCACCUCCCCGCUAACUACGUACGCCCUUGGUUAUGGAGGUCCGCACAUACGCCAAUAUGGAUGGAAAGUCUCCCAUAAGGAUUGUGACCAUCUGCAUACUUCAUUUUAUUGUAAAGAUCUCCAGAAAAGUUUUAAAGUAAACGUCGUCAAUAUCCAUUCGCUUAUUUCUUUCUAUCACAUUCCGUCGAUAGUAUCGGCAAUCCUUUGAACAUUUCACAAUGUAGCAAUAAUCAUCUGUUUCGGUACCCAAACGCCGGGCCCAAGGCACAUAUCAAUUCAUGAGCUAUAACUUUAAACCUUUGGCUUAUGCUGAAAGGUUCCCUUAUAGUCCCUUUCAUUAGUUUUCCAAUAGUCUGAUAGACGAUGAUCAAAAACAAGCAACAGAUAUUUAUCCGAUGUUGUAUUGCUCCACAUUAUUGAUAUUAACGCUCCAUAUUGGAGAUAUUCCAUUUGUAGCCUAUUCUUGGCGCAAAUAAUGUGGUCAUCCUGACUCACGUGCGUUUGCGUCACCACUGUCGAGAUCCAGUGGGUGAGUGAUCUAGCGAUCUCAAAAAUUGCGGGUCAAGAUGACAUAUGGUGGCUGUACAAUCGACUGUAACUGAAUUUUAUUAUUCAGUUCAAGACAUUCCAUAUAUGGCUACCCUCAUUAAGGGGAAUCCCUUUGCUUUAUAGACUGAUGUACAUUGUUCAUAGUGUUCAUAUUGUAAUGAUUUUAAUGUAUUUCGCCAUACAUUUACAUAUUGUAAUUCUUUUAAUCUUUUAGCCAGACAAUAACUAUGUAUGUAUUGUAAUGUCUCCUUUUUAUUUGUGAUAUUAUUAGCCAUACACAAUAACUAUAGUUGAUACAUAUAUGUAAUGUAUCAUUCUAUCUGUGAUAUUCUUGUCUAAACGCUCACUUUAGAUCUCAUAGUUAGCCAACAAAGAUGUGUAGCUCGAACUUCUUUUAAAGACUUCUCGCAACCUAUACGCCCAAUCAGCUAACUGGCAAAGGCAUGUGCCAUGUAGUGAAUUUAUAUGUAAUGUCGAGUUAGAGUAAAAUAUUUUUAGUUUUGAUUAUCUUUGAGAGAGAUUAUAUUACAUUUAAAGGCUAACGAUAUUCUAGACAUCACAUGCUGUCUUACAUGACAGUACCACCGGGUACCUGACUCACACGCGAUCGAGAUCAACAGUGGUGAGUGACUUCGCGAUCUCAAAGCUGGGUACCGCAGGGUGGGCAGUAAAUUUACUCAUUAAAUAUUUGAAUGUUGUGUAAUAUCUGAAUGAUUUUUAGCAUGUUCAGCCUCUGUUUUAGACUUAUCGUCGCUUACCCAAGCUCCAGUCAAGCUAUAUCCCUGAUGUAGACUUUUGUGGCUAGCCAGGUCACACGACUGCCCGCCAGAAUAUAAUGAUGUUGUUAUUGAUCAAAUUCAUUUGUUAGUACUGUGUUCACCUGUGUGAAAGAUGUGUAAAUAUUUGAAAUUCAUGUUGGGGGGAGGGAGCGCCGGGGAAAUUUCUAUCGGGAUUCGGGAUAAAAGAAAAUUUCGUCAGGUAACGGAAUUUGCAAAAUAUGACCUAACAGGAAUCGGGGAUUUUCCCAUGAACAACCUAAUCGAGAUGACCAACCCCCCCCCCCCCCAUUUUCCCCUCGUGUUACUUAACUUGUAGUGUAACCUCAUAGUUUUGUGGUUAUGUAAUUGACUCGUUUAUUUUGGGGGAUAAGAUCCCAUUUUAAUAAAAAAGUACAGUUCCAUAUUUUACUGACAAUGUGAUCGUUUUCUAUGUAGUGUGUAUAUGUUACAUGCAAAUAGGGCCGUAAGUGCCAUACAGACAAUGAUAUAUACCUAUUGUGUUGAAAGAAACAUUGAAAAAAGAAAAGAUUAUAA